UGAUGGUAUUUGAAAACUAUCACAAUGAAUGCUAAAACGCCAUGGCAGAAAGAUCAAGUCCUCGAUGAAAAACCCCAGUAAAAUGGCUUCAGUCUCGUCCAAUUCAUCGCCACAGAGUUUUAAUUCGAGUAACAGAACUCCAGCGGAAGUUUCGGCGAGAAAGACAAGAAGUUCUAAGGAUGAAAAUUUUCCUGAGGUUCCCAAAGUUAUCGAAGAUAGUAAUGGCAAGAGAUACUUCAGAGGAAGACUGCUCGGAAAGGGAGGGUUCGCCCGUGUCUUCGAAGUAACCGACAUGUCGAAUAACAAAGAAUUUGCCUUGAAAGUCGUUCCAAAAGAAAGGCUCACCAAAUCUCCUGGUAAAGUCAAUAAGAUACAAUUAGAAAUCGACCUCCACAAGACGUUGCGUCACCGUUACAUCGUUGGAUUUCACGGCAGUUUUCAAGACCAAUCUCAUUUCUAUAUUCUCAUGGAACUGUGCAAUCGUAAGUCAUUGGUUCAGAUGCUCAAAAGUAGAGGCAGACUGACGGAACCGGAAGUGCGCUUCUUCAUGCACCAAGCAGUCCAGGCAUGCGCGUAUUUACACGAGCAGCGCGUCAUACACCGGGACAUCAAAGUAGGCAACUUCUUCCUCAAAAAUGACAUGGAACUUAGACUAGGAGACUUUGGACUGGCUGCCAGACUGCAACCUGAUCAAAAACAAAUAAGGACCAUGUGUGGUACACCAAACUACAUCGCGCCUGAGGUCCUAUCAAAAACGGGCCACAACUGGCAGGUGGACACUUGGGCACUGGGCUGCGUAAUGUAUACUCUCUUGGUUGGCCACCCGCCCUUCGAAACUAAAUCCCUACGCGAAACAUACCAGCGCAUUCGGAACAACGAGUACACCAUCCCUUCACGAAUAUCAAGUAACGCCGCCAAACUCAUCCAACGAUUUCUCCAACCCAACCCGAGCGAUCGCCCUGAUCUCAAAUAUAUCUUUUACGAUGAUUUUUUUCAAUGUGGGAUACUACCACGCACCCUCCCCCUCACGUCUCUGACCGGGUCACCGAAGAUAACAGAGUACGAGAGACGGACACCUACGGAUUGGAAGAAAGACUCUUUGAAUGGACUUGCUAAGGUUUUUGAUCGUCAAAUGAAGAUUGAGAUGGACGAAAAAGAGGCAAUUGAAGAACGAGGUGUGAAUGUUAAUAGAAAUUCGUUAGAUAAACUAGGAAAUGGACAGUCAGGAAAACUGAAAAAUGGAACGAGAAGUAAAGAUAGCGAUGAUAGUGACCGUGGAAUUGAAUCAGAUAGCGAAAUUCAAAAGUAUUUCUCACCAGAAGGCCUCUUCGUUCAACUCUCUACAUGUCUUCAAUCUCUUAACAAUGAAUUCCGUGAAAACUCUAGAUCUCCUUUACCUGAACUAAAAGGAACUUCAAAGCCUCUCUUUUCUCGGUUUAAAUCAAAGAGAGAGAAUUCAAAAUCCAAGAAUUCAACAAUGGACGAUUUUAGCAAGGUUUUUAUCGUCAAAUGGGUAGAUUACAGCAAUAAAUAUGGAUUUGGCGCUCAGAUGUCUGAUGGUAGCGUGUCUGUUAGGUUCAACGACUGCACAAAGAUUGCUCUCUCUGUGGACAAAAGGAGUAUUUGCUACUGUGACGAAGAUAGCAAGAUAGCCCGUUUCUCAUCAUCGUACAUUCCCGAUAGCAUCGAGACCAAAGUCACACUCCUGACAUAUUUCUCUAAUUACAUGGAUAAGCAUCUACUCAAGGGAGGCGACCAAAGGGGCUGCAUCAGUAGUAACCAACAAAUUAGUUCACCUUUCAUCGAUAUCUGGUUCCGCACUGAUAUCACCAUGGUGAUGUAUCUUAGCAACGGAACACUUCAGGUGAAUUUUUUCAAUGACCACACAAAAGUGGUCCUUAUUCCGGGCGAAGACGAGGCUAUGCUAAUUUACGUAAACGAACAACGAGAGUGUACCACUCAGUUGCUAAGUGACGUGAGCUCAGACACAUGCUCGAUGAAGAUCCUUGAGAGACUGAGCUAUUGUAAAAAUGUCCUUAGGAAAAUUAUGGAAGUUAUUGCAGAAGAGGAGAGCAAAAAGGAAUAAAAGAGCACUACUAAUGGAACGGACCCUUUUCAAAAGUAUCGUAGAUGCGAGGCUAGGUACCAUGAAAAUACAAAAGAUGGAAUUUAACGAUGGAAUUUAUGGCAAUUCUUUUGUAUUUCCAUGUUAGCCUUGUAUUGCAUUCAAGACAAUUUUGAGAAAGGUGCAUCACUAAUAGAGAAUAAUAUAUUAAUUCCCAGCAUUGAAUGAGUGUAAUUUCUAUUUUUCGAUAUACAUAUAUUGUCAUAGCUACUGACCAUUUCAAUUUUAUAUAACUAAAAACCUUUGCCACGUUUUAUACAAUUAUUUAUCUUAAAAUGGCCAUUGAUUUAUAUGAGUAAUGUUUUCUCAAUCAUUGAACCGAAUAUGGAAGGAAAGGCCACAGGAAAGUAUUGGUUUGAAUUAUAGUAUGAGGAAAGAAACGAAAGGAAAUAUCUUACAAUCCUUUCAAAAAAGUGAAUUCCUCAAUUCCUCAUUAAAUAAGAGAGGAAAAAAUCUAUUAUGAAUCUAGUGUUUUUGGACUAAAAAUUUCUAAAAAAUGAAUUGAACGUAUAUCAGUGUAAUUAAUGUGGGAUUUGUGUACAGAGAUAGGGAAAGAAUGAUAUUCAAGAAUGGAAUUGGCAUGAUAUAUUUAUAUUUGUUAUAUGAUGAUGAAUAUUUAUUUUACACGUAGAAACAUGACAUAGUAUUGACUCCUAUUUUUUGGAUAGAAUUUUAAUAAACAAUGAAAUUUUUGAAA